AUGGACACUCCGCCGGAGCCAAAUCAUACCCCACCACCACCACCACCACCGUCAUCUCAAGAAUUUUCUGGUUACUACAACUAUACAAUCAAUCAUCCUCCAUUGCCACAACCUUCUGCUCCGAGACGUUUUGCCUCUCAAAACAAUCAAUUCGUCUUCUCGUCACCCUCUCAAACAAGUGAUGUUGAUCAAGGACACUCCAACGCAAGCUUAAUGAGUUAUCGAAACAAUUUGGCUGCCAUUAUCGCUUCGAUAGUGCGUCAGAGACGAAAUAUAAAUUCCGGCUAUGUUUCCCCGGCCGGUUCUGGUAUUUUCAAUGCCGAUCAUGUUUCUAGACCAUCUCAGCAAACCCACCAGUACCAUCAUGGUGCACGCAGAUGUCUCCCAUUUGGAACCAUGCCGGUUCACGAGGGGUCUACUUUAAAUAUUGGACAGAUUCCUAGCGGUCUGUCACACAAUAACAGCAACAUAGGAGCUUCUGCUAACUUCACAACUUUGAAUAGUAUGGUUCCAUAUUACCCUGCAACAAAUUCCUCCACGAAUCAGCCAGCAGCCAACCCUAUCCAAACCGUGUCCUCGAGCCCAGACAUGUUCACCAGCAGGACAUUAGGGAUGUGUCAGAAUUCACAAGAAAGGAAUCUUGCACGUGAAAGCAAAAUUGAUUUAGCAAGAAACUCAGUUACUAGUUCGGCUUUAGCUGUGGCUGGGGAAACUUGUUCUCUUCCAAACAAUGAUCCUUCCGAAAGUCGAGCUAUCAUCAAAGCAAGUUCUGGACCUUCUACUUCUAUCGACAGAGAUGUGCCUCUCUCUAGUCCUAUGCAAGUGACACAUAUUGAACAACAGAUUGCGACCGGAAGUAUAUCUUCUCCGGUGCACACUAACGAGGUUGAGGAGUUAAAUCAAAGGAAAAGGCAAAAGGCUUCAAACGGGCAUGUAAAAGGCAAAGGCUGCAGUUGUAGAAAGUCCAAUUGCUUGAAACUCUAUUGUGAGUGCUUUAAGGCGAAAGGUCAUUGUUCGGAUUCCUGCACAUGCAAAAGCUGCCAAAAUGAUCUUGCUCACGAGGAAAUAGUUCGCAUUAGACGAGAAAAGAUUGAAUCUCAAAAUCCACUUGCCUUUGCUCCAAAAUUCACUAACGAGAGCACUGCCACUCCAGCCAAUACUAUGGAAGACGGGACUGUGAUGACCCCAAGCUCAGCAUGGCACAGAAAAGGCUGCAAUUGCAAGAAGUCAAAGUGUGCUAAAAACUAUUGUGAAUGCUUCCAGGCUAAUUUUGGAUGUUCAUUCAAUUGCCGGUGCGACGGUUGCCAUAAUUCUUUUGGCAAGAAAGCUGGAAUGAUGAACACGAGAGCAGAAAUUUUGGACGUGCCCUCUAAUGGAAAUAUAGGGUUAAUGAGUAGAAUUGAUUGCACCAACUCUGGAGCUGGAAACACCAAUCAGUUUCCAACAAGGGAAGGUUAUCAUGACAUGAGAAAUUAUACCCCAUACUUGCAGCCUUCUUCCAUUCCAUUGCCUUCUUCAAACAUGCCAAGUUCCUUAUGGAAUUCUGCAAGACACUCUCAGCCGUCGGCUGCGUGUUUGCCUCACUGGAAUUCUUCACCUGGUGGUCUUAAUACCCCACAGAUAUUGGAGAAUGGGGCUUCCUUCAGUCACUACGGUUUAGUUCAAGAUGAGAUGGUUGGCAAUGAGAUUAAGGCCGAGGAAACUUCUCAGCCAAGCAAUGCAGUGCAAGCUAGCUCACCAAACCAGAACACUGUACAAUUGCUUGUGCGGGUAGUUCAAGACACGGUGGUUGGCAUCGAGAUUAAGCCUGAGGAAACUUCUCAGCCAAGCAAUGAAGUGCAAGCUAGCUCACCAAACCAGAAGCUUCUACUAUUGCCUCCGGGGUUAGAAGCUGAUGGGCCGAUUUCAGUUGCAAGCUUGCAGCCAGGCUUGAGACCUGACCGCGAGCUCUUGUCGUGGAAUGUCCUUUCUUCCCCUUCUCAUUUGCCAUCAUAA